AUGGACGACGCUGGUUCUACUUCUUCACAGUCUGAUCAGGGUGCCUCUUCUGGGGCUGAUGAUGUUCUGGUUGAAUCGGGUGCUGGAGCUCCGAAGUCAGACAAGGACCCGAGGAAGGUCGCCAGAAAGUAUCAAUUGGAGCUAUGCAAGAGAGCUAUAGAGGAGAAUAUAAUUGUGUAUCUAGGGACUGGUUGUGGGAAGACCCACAUAGCGGUCUUGCUUAUAUACGAGUUGGGCCACUUGAUACGCAAACCUGAAAAGAACAAAUGCAUAUUUCUUGCGCCCACAGUGGCUCUGGUUCAACAGCAAGCCAGGGUUAUAGAAGAUUCCCUUGAUUUCAAGGUUGGGAUCUAUUGUGGAAGCUCUAACCAAUUUAAGAAUCAUCGAGAUUGGGAGAAAGAGAUGGAACAAUAUGAGGUUCUUGUUAUGACCCCUGAAAUACUUCUACGUAACUUAUAUCACUGUUUCAUUAAGAUGGAGUCAAUUGCAUUGUUGAUUUUUGAUGAGUGUCAUCAUGCUCAAGUCCAAAGCAACCAUCCCUAUGCAGAAAUUAUGAAAUUGUUCUACAAAACUGAUGACACCAAACUUCCCCGUAUAUUUGGCAUGACUGCCUCUCCAGUUGUAGGGAAAGGUGCUUCGAGUCAAGCAAAUUUAUCAAAAAGCAUCAACAGUCUUGAAAGUUUACUUGAUGCUAAGGUCUUGAUUAUGAUCCUUGCCAUGCCAAGGCUUUCCAUUCAGGUUUAUUCAGUUGAAGAUAAGGAAGAAUUAGAUCAUUUUGUCUCUUCUCCUGUUAUCACGGUGUACGAUUAUGGUCCUGUUAUAAGGAACACAUCCAGUCACUAUACCUCUUAUUGUACUAAGCUUGAGCAGAUCAAACGGCAGUGUAUAGAAGAACUUAGUAAGAAGACGAAUGACUACCAAAGUCUAAGAAGUGCAAAGAAACUGUUGAACAGAAUGCAUGAUAGUAUACUAUUUUGCUUGGAAAGUCUUGGCCUUUGGGGAGCAUUGAAAGCUAGUCAUAUUCUUCUGAAUGGUGAUCACUUUGAACGGAAUGAACUAAUGGAGGAGGAAGGAAAUAAUGGUGAUGAUACUGUAUGUGUUAAUUAUCUGACUCGGGCUGACGAUAUCCUUGCUACUGACUGUUUGAGAGGAGUCCACUCUAGAUUGAUGAGUAUGUCAAGGAAGAAGAUGAACAUCAUUCUUGAUAAGUUCCGAUCUGGAGAGUUGAAUCUAUUGAUUGCAACUAAAGUUGGUGAAGAAGGACUAGAUAUUCAGACUUGCUGCCUUGUGAUACGAUUCGAUCUUCCAGAAACUGUUGCUAGCUUUAUACAAUCACGAGGUCGUGCGCGGAUGCCUCAAUCUGAAUAUGCAUUUUUGGUAAACAGUGGCAACCAGAAGGAGUUAGAUUUAAUAGAAAAGUUCAGAAAAGAUGAAGAUAAAAUGAACAUGGAAAUUGCUUUUAGAACAUCCAGCGAGACAUUUAUUGGUUCAGAGGAUAGGAUUUAUAAAGUCGAUUCAUCUGGUGCUUCCAUCAGUUCUGGAUAUAGCAUCUCGUUAUUACACCAGUAUUGCUCAAAGCUUCCACAUGAUGAGUACUUUGACCCCAAUCCAAAAUUCUUUUUUCUUGAUGAUUUAGGGGGAACUGUUUGUCAUAUAAUUUUACCUUCCAAUGCUCCAAUUCAUCAAAUUGUCAGUACACAACAAUCUUCAGUGGAAGAUGCCAAAAAGGAUGCUUGUCUAAAAGCCAUCGAAGAAUUGCAUAAAUUGGGUGCCUUAAGUGACUAUCUCUUACCACAGCAAAGCAAUCCAAAUGUGGAGGAGUUGAUGCUAGACUCUUCUGAUUCUGACAGUACCGAAGAUGAGGAUUCGCGAGCAGAACUGCAUGAGAUGCUAGUUCCUGCUGCUCUAAAAGAGCCAUGGAGUAAUUUGGAGGAUCAUGUUUCCCUCAGCUCGUAUUAUCUAAAAUUUAACCCUGUUCCUGAAGAUAGGAUCUAUAAAAGCUUCGGUCUAUUUGUCAAGGCACCCCUCCCAGUAGAAGCUGAAUCAAUGGAACUUGAUCUUCAUCUGGCUCAUGGUAGAUCUGUUAUGACUGAGUUAGUUCCAUCUGGAUUUGCAGAAUUUGGCAAAGAUGAGAUAUUGCUGGCACAAAAUUUUCAAGAAAUGUUCCUCAAGCUUGUUCUUGACCGGACAGAAUUUGUUUCUGAGUUUGUUCCAUUGGGAAAGCAUGAUUUUAGUCGAUCAAGCUCAUCAACAUUCUACCUGUUGCUUCCUGUAACUUUGGGUAACAAUUAUAAUAUAGCAAGCAUAGAUUGGAGGACUAUCAAAAAAUGUUUAUCAUCUCCAGUUUUCAGGGCUCCAGGAGAUGCUUUGGGCAGGAAAAGUCAUCGUUCGGAUAUACGACUUGCAUCAGGUUACAAAAGCAUAAGUGAUGUUAAGAAUAGUUUAGUCUAUGCCCCAUAUAAGAGUACAUUUUAUUUCAUCACUGAUGUUGUUCAAGAAAGGAAUGCUUACAGCCCAUAUAAAGACUCAGGCACUUUAAGCUAUGUGGAUCAUUUAAUUAAAAAGUUUCACAUUCAUCUUAAAUACCCUGAGCAACAGCUUCUGCACGCCAAACCACUUUUCUGUUUGCAUAAUUUGCUACACAACCGAAAGCAAGAAGAUUCAGGACCUCAACAACUAGAUGAGUAUUUUAUUGACUUGCCUCCUGAGCUUUGCGAGUUGAAGGUAAUAGGCUUUUCAAAAGAUAUCGGGAGUUCAAUAUCUUUGUUACCCUCAAUCAUGCACCGUCUAGAAAACUUGCUUGUUGCCAUCGAACUGAAGCAUGUAUUAUCUGCUUCUUUCCCGGAGGGAGCUGAGCUUACUGCUGAGAGAGUUCUAGAAGCACUCACAACAGAGAAGUGCCAGGAGCGAUUUUCCCUUGAAAGGCUUGAAAUACUUGGUGAUGCUUUCCUUAAGUUUGCAGUUGGACGACACUUUUUCCUUUUGCACGAUUCCCUUGAUGAAGGUGGACUAACAAGGAAACGUUCUAAUGUGGUAAACAAUUCCAAUUUAUUCAAGCUAGCCACAAGAAGCAACUUGCCGGUAUACAUACGGGAUCAGUCAUUUGAACCCUCUCAGUUCUUUGCUUUAGGCCGUCCUUGCCCAAGAAUUUGUGGGAAGGAGACAAUAGGAGCUAUUGAUUCUCAAGGUUUAUGUAGUGUUGUAAAUCACACAAAUUCUAGUGAGGUCAGAUGUAGUAAGGGUCACCAUUGGUUGUAUAAGAAAACCAUUGCUGAUGUUGUUGAAUCCCUCAUUGGAGCAUUCGUAGUUGACAGUGGCUUUAAAGCUGCAACUGCAUUUCUUAGAUGGAUUGGCAUACAAGUAGACUUUGAACCAUCACAAGUUACCGAAGUAUGCAUAGCAAGCACUAGAUACAUCCCACUAUCUGCUUGCAUGGAUAUUGCUGCCCUUGAAAAUUCAUUAGGGUAUCAGUUUGUCCACAAAGGUUUGCUCUUACAGGCAUUUGUACAUCCUUCUUACAACAAGCAUGGAGGAGGCUGCUAUCAGAGAUUGGAGUUUCUUGGAGAUGCCGUCUUGGAUUACUUGAUCACCUCAUACCUGUAUUCAGUUUAUCCAAAGUUGAAGCCUGGUCAAUUGACAGAUUUGAGAUCAGUAUCUGUGAAUAAUAAAGCCUUUGCUAAUGUUGCAGUAGAUCGGUCCUUCCACAAAUUUCUAAUCUGUGAUUCUAGUAGCCUUUCAGAGGCUAUAAAAGUUUAUGUGGACUUCAUCGACACCCCUGCAUCAGAAAGGGGUCUUCUUGAUGGGCCAAAAUGUCCAAAGUCUCUGGGCGACUUGGUGGAGUCCUGUCUGGGUGCAAUUCUUCUUGAUACAGGGUUCAAUUUGAACCGUGUUUGGGAGAUAAUGCUAUCCUUUCUGAAACCAAUCAUGAGCUUUUCCAGCUUGCAGCUUAGUCCUAUUAGGGAACUACGGGAACUUUGCCAAGCUCAUACAUGGGAUCUUCGGUUUUUACCAUCGAAGAAGGGUAAAACAUAUUCAAUUCAGGCAACAGUGGAGGGGAAUAAUGUUCGUGCAACUGCUUCCUCGACUAGCUUGAACAAAAAGGAUGCUAUUAGAAUUUGUGCAAAACUGAUUUUUGCCGAGUUGAAGGCUCAAGGAAAUAUACCCAAGACAAAAUCUUUGGAGGAAGUCUUAAAGUCAAGCAGUGAGAUGGAAGCUAAACUUAUCGGAUAUGACGAGACACCAAUAGAUGUUGUGCUUCCUGAUGUGAUUGGAUUUGACAAAUUAAAUGUACAAGAACCUUGCCGAAGAAACUUUAAUUCCAAAAUGCAUAUCAAAGAAGAAAGAAAUGGUGACUCCUCCUGCAUUAAACCUGUACUGCAACCCCCACCUUCAUUUGAAGCAGUCAAAAUACAACCAAGCGAGACCAGGGGAAAUCCCAGCUGUGAUGCUAACUCACAAGCCAAAGAAAAUCUUCCAGGCGGAUCACACAAAGCAACAGCAAGAGCUCGUUUGUAUGAAAUCUGUGCUGCAAACUAUUGGGAACCACCUUUGUUUGAAUGCUGCAAUGAAGACGGACCAAGCCACUUAAAAUUGUUCACCUUCAGGGUUGAAGUAAAGAUAGAAGAAGCUCCAGAUAUGAUAUUAGAGUGUUUUGGAUCACCUCAUGGGAACAAGAAGGCAGCAGCAGAGCAUGCAGCAGAAGGGGCACUUUGGUACUUGAGAAACGGAGGGUAUAUAAGUAGUAGUGACUAA